ACAUGUUUUUUUUUGCCCAUAGAAGAAUCAAAAAAAGUGAAUAGAAAGAAUCAGAAGAAGCUGUGGCUCUGAGCCGGCGAUAACUCACUUUGUCAUCCCUAAAAUUUUCAUGUCCAUCUUGCCUCCUACGCAUAUUCAAGGUCACGAAUCUUCUCCUCCUCCUUCGAAUUCGUCUCUAAACCCUAGCUCUGAGCAUGGCAACAGCUCUCUCGUGUCUCCUCCUUCCUCUCGAAUUGGAUCCCUCAGCCUCGCCGGAUCCUCUCUCCCAACUUCUGAUUUCUCCAGUGGCUCUCGCGAACCGAAUACUGCAGCUGAGGAAGAGCAUAGCCAUGGAUCUUCCAAAGAGAUAACGCAAAUUGGAGCAGGGAAGGAGAGUUUUUCCCCACCUAGUGCAGAUAGACAUGACCAUCUUCGAUAUGAGAGUCGAAGAAAUAGGUCCAGAGGGAGAAAUGCCAGAUCUGCUGCUUCUUCUUCUUCUCAUGUGCAGCAGCAGCACAAUGCUACUGGACCCUCCAACUCUCCUAGAGUCUCCUCUCAUCACAAUCCAACUGGUAGACGGGCUAAUAUGAUUAGCGGGAACCAUUUACUGAACUUUCAGUAUGAUCCCAUUUCUCCCCAACAGUCCAGGCCUCCUCCUCCACCUCAGAGAAGGCAAAUGCACAGGAGGAGGCCUUAUAACAAGGACUUGUUUCUCCAGGCGAAUUACAAGUUCGUUGUGUUGGACACGGGUGAUCAUUCUCCUGAUUCCAUGGAUCCUGAUAAGAUGCUGCAGUGGGAUAAUAUCAUUUGCGUGAGGUACUCCACUCCGUCUCCUGUGCAGUGUCCUAUCUGCUUGGAGUAUCCUCUCUGUCCGCAGAUAACCUCGUGUGGGCAUAUCUUCUGCUUCCCGUGUGUUCUGCAGUACCUUUUGAUCGGUGAGGAUAACCACAAGGCGGAGUGCUUCAAGAGGUGUCCUCUGUGCUUUGUGAUGAUUUCUCCCAGAGAGUUGUACACGGUUUAUAUCGAAAACGUCAAACAGUACUCUGUUGGAGAUCCCAUCGAGUUUAUACUUCUGACUCGCAAGAAAGACUCUUUUGCUCCGACACGGAAGAACGAGAGUGACUCGGACGUUCCUGAUCCGUUUUCGAAGUUCACGUUCACGCAAGAUGUUGAUCUCUCUGUCAGACAGGCGGUUUCGGAGCUGGACGGUUGGAUUGCAAGAGCAGAUCCUGGGCUCGUGGACGACUUGGAGAAACACCUAUAUGUGAACGCUGCUUUGGAGCGUUUGGAGGAGAGGAAGUUGUAUUGGAAGGAGCAGAGGCUCUCUAAUUGUUGCAAACCAAGCGCGAAGCCUAGAAGUCAUGUACCGUCUUCCUCACCUCCUGAUGUUUCUCGAGCUGGUUAUCAAGCACCUAGCUUGGCUAAAGGAGCAACAAUCAGCAGCUCUAACGAUCAAGAUAAAUCAACUGAAGAAUCUUCAGUUGGUAAGUCAGAUGAGGAAUCUCAGUCUAGUUUGGAAAAGAGUUGUGAUGAUGGUCACUCUCUUGUAGAAAAGGAUGCACCGUUGAUGCCCUCCUCAGACAAUGGGAGUAAAAGGCCCCUUUUGCACCAAAAUGACAGCAAGGAUCAAAAGGACAACGAUGAUGCGUACAACUUUUAUCAGUCCGUUGAUGGACAGCAUAUUAUCCUUCACUCUUUGAAUAUGAAAUGCCUUCUGCACCACUAUGGAAGCAAUGACUUUCUUCCAACAAGAGUGAGUGGGAAGAUAGUGGAAAUGGAGACUGUCACCCAGUCAGAAGCGAUAAGGAGACGCUACCGCUUCUUGAGUCAUUUUUCUUUAACUACGACAUUUCAGAUAUGUGAGAUUGAUAUGAGGGAAUCAUUACCUCCUGAAGCAUUUGCUCCGUUUAUGGACGAAAUCAAGAAGCGUGAGAAGCAGAGGAAAGAACGUGCUAGGAAGGAGCAAAAAGAUAAAAUAAAAGCUGAAGUAGCCGCAGCUGCAGAGCUUGCACCAUUGAUGGCCAGUUGUGGGCAGUUCUAUUAUGGUGACGAUCCUUCAUUUUCCUUGGAUGAUUUUGAAGCCCUUGGAAACUCUGCCCCAGUAGUAUCGUCAAGCCCUCCAACCAUCGGAGAGAGAAGUUCCUUCUCACACGUGACAAGGCUCGGUUUCGCUGCUGGCCACGACUCCCCCAACCUGAAUAACGAACCAACAAACAUCCAAAGCAGCAGCAGCAACAGUGAAGUAUCAAACGCAACCACAGGUGCGAGAAACACGAACACAACAUCAUUCGCUAGUGUAACAUCAAGAACACCGACCACACCUGUAGCCAUCAAAGAGCCAGGAAAGAGAGGGAAGAAACAGAGUCGGGUGCUUCUGUCUACAACCAGUGUACGCCGGUACUGAAGGGGUUUGUAUGUAUAAGCUUUGCUUUUAAGAAAACCUGAAUAAAGACAAUGUUGUGAGCAAACGUUGGCUUUGUUUCUUUUGUUUUUUGAAUCCAUGUAACUUAUAAAGGUGUAGCAUAGUUUACACCAUUUAUGACAAAAGUAUAAGACUCAACUAUUGAUUCUGCUGACUCAGAGAACACAUAAAGGUUGGAUAAAAUAUCUUCCAAGAGGGGAGGAUAAGCUUCCGUUGAUUUUCAUUCUCACAAGUCACAUACAACAAAGCCGAACCUUAUCCUUUUGGAAAAUAUCUCUUCUUCUGCUCUGGCUCUAUAUAUAUAUACCAUGAAAUAUUCCAAAACAUAAUAUCCAAACACUAAACCAAUCUCCUAACAACAACAAAAAAUGCAGGGAGCUUUGUCUAUCAAACCAACCAUUCUUCCUCUUUCUUCACCACUUUUUUCUCCAAAGCUAACUCUUCUUCUUCCUCAGACCAUCACCAACACUAAAGCUUCAAGACUCUCAUCUCUGAGACCAAACACAUCAUCUCCUACAACCUCUGAUCCUCUCACCGUUGACUAUGACUCCCUCCUUUCUGUUUUCCCAGCCGAAGCAUGUGAAGUGAUCAGCGGAUAUGCAUGUUCAGCUGACAUUUCCCCUGAAGUCAAGCUUGAAACAAAGCCCAUCUCCCGUCCCGUGACUUCAGAGAACGUAGACCGAGAAUACCUAGAGUAUAACACCCCGAAAACGUAAAGAUCACUUUCCUUUAUUUACACUGAGAUUCUCAGCUUGCGUUUUUCAACUUCUGAUUGUGUGUGUUGUUUGUACUUGGAUACAGUGUUUUCGCCGCAGAGGCAUGUUUGAUCCAAAAAUGGUGUUUAUCUUUGUGAUGUUUGUUGGAAUCAAUCAAAUAAAGAAUCUAAAGAUAAAAGCUUAGAUUCUUGAGGUUUAGGAGAAAUCUUAAAAGAAUCAAAUGAGAAAUGAACAUCAAAAGAGUUUAUUGAUUUAAGAUUGUAUUACAUGUAGGAUUACAAGUGUAAAGAAAUCUAAUAAUCCAUAAACCCUUUGUAAGAAGUGUUUUAAAGAAGAAGAGAUCCCCAUCUAAUAAGGAGAUAGUUCCUUAUUUAUAGAAGAAAGAUGACUAGGGUUUCAUAGUAAAAUGAGUCUAAUUUAUUGUCUAAUGGGCCUUGAGGUAGAAUGUAAAUCUACCCCCAACAAUAAGUCCCCCCAAGUUCGUAGAGAGAGAUGAAGUCGAUCUCUGUGAAUUUUACGAAUAGGGUUUAUUAGACAAUAAACUAGACACAUUCAUGCCUAUGAUGGUUUAGGCGAGUUUACUUCGAACUUGUGCCUAGUAAAAGGCAAGUUUGCUUUAAACUCGUGCUUAGUGAAAGACGAGUUUACUUGACUUAUGCUGAGACAGAGGCGAAUUUACUGAGAACUCGUGCCUAGUAGUAGGAGAGUUUCUGUAAACUCAUGCCUUGUCAAAGAUGAGUUUUUGUAAACUCGUGUCUAACAAUAAGUGAGUCUAAUGCAAAUUUGUGCCUAAUAAAAAGCAAGUUGAAUUUAAACUCGUGCCUAGUAAAAAUAAGUUUACCAAACUUUGCCGACCCGAAGUCUCGUGUUGAGAUCGUGUGUGCCGAGCAAGUUAUUGGCUUGUGUGUUCGUCAGGCAUGAUGACGUAAGAAAGCGCCGGCUUGUGCUGAUUCAGACAAGUUUGUAGCUGCGAGAUCGCCAUUCCAAGCAUGAGGACAUGACAGUAGCAGUCACUUGUUGAUUCUCUUUGGCUCAACGAUCUAAUCAACUCUGGUUCACAACAAAAAGCAUGAUCAGAUCAAGGUUAACCAAAAGAACCAGCCAAGUUUUGUAUAAUUGAUAAGCAAGCGAUAGUUUAACUUGUGUUAAUGCUCGGCUAUUGCAUAUGAUGUUAGUAAUUUAUCAAUUACUAAUCAUUAUGCACAGGUUGCAAACAACAAAUCAAUCAACCGUAAUUAUCUCAUAAAGGUUAUAAGAUACUUAUCUUUGAGGAUGAGCCUUGUUUGUAACUUGACAAAGAAGUUAUUGUGGACGUGAUGACAUUUUGUGCUGACGAUCUCAAUGGAUCGCUCUUAUCAGAGCUGAGAUGACGGUGAACUCAAAGCUGAUGACUUUAUCUUUGUUCCUCACUGUGGAGAGCUCGUUUCCUUUUGCAACCUCUUCUUCGUAUUUUUUUUUUUGAGAUGACAAACUCGUAUGCCGGUUCAUGUUCAAAGCGGAGGUUAAGCAUGAAGCGUCGAGAGAGUACCACAGGCCUAGUGAGGAAGAUAACUUAGGAGUGUGCAUGAGCUUGAGCCUCUUGAUCCUUGAACUUGAGCUCGAGCUUCUUGAUGGCUGACGUGCGUGCAUGACCUUUAGCCUCGUGACCGUCGAGCAAGUGAUGGAGCUUUAGGCCCGCAAGAAGCUUCGUUGAUGGAGCUUUGAAGACGUCAUGGUGAUGAAGCCAUAAGAAACCGGGUGCCGAGAUCACAUGAUCACCUCUGUUUCUCGGCGGUGUACCGGACGAACUUGAACUUACAUUGUUGUUUGGCGUUGACUUGUGCCUAGUAAAUCACAUGACUGUUGCUCGGCGUUAACCCGCACGAUCUCAAGGCUUCUGUCGCAACAAGAGCAGUCGUCGACGAGGUGAGACGAGAUGGACCUUGAACGGAGGCACGCAAACGAGGCCUUGAAGAGCUUGCCGGUAACGACGUGCUUGUCUAGAGAGCUUUCUCGAAGAAGCAAGACCUUGUUGGAGAGGUUGUCAUCGACAUGAUCAUAACCAAUUGAACCUUCUCCUCGUCAUGAAGGAGCUCUCCUCCUAUUCUCACGCUCAUGCCAAGGUUAAAGCCUUUGUCGGGUAGAAAGAUGCGACCGAUUCCCUUUGCUGUGUGAAAGCAAAGGCCAGAGCUGUCCUUGGGCUUCUUGGGAUACAGCGAUCUCGGGAUGAAGAAGAGACAGCACUUGCUACAGCGGUCUCGUCUUAAAGAUGAGGCAAGAACUUCCUGUCACUCGGUUUCGUUUUUAACGAAGACGAGGAGCUUGUACUAUCCCGUCAGUGUGGCGAGCUUUGUGUGAUGCAGUGAUCAAGCUCGUUUAUCAGACGAGAGCCAGAAAUGAGCGGGGUCUAUAAGCUUCCGAGCUGACUGGCAAUUUUGAUGGAGAUAUCUUGUGCCAGUCUGGAGGGAUUUCGAACAGGAACAGCCAUUGUUGCUUCAUGUUAUUAUCAGCCCACCAAGUGUUCGAUCAAAGUCCCACAAGAACAAAGCAACGCUUCCAUGAGAAAGCUUCAUCUUUUAGCUUGAGACUUUUUCUAGACAAAGCUCAAAACUUGAUCUUGAUAGAGCUCAAAGACGUUGUCACUGAUGGAGCACGAACGGCCGAGCCGAGAGGUUCGUCCGAAAGCUUCUUGGCUCGUUACUGUCGGGAGAUCAUAAACUUGAUGAUGAUGCUCGUACUAACGUGGCGAGCUCUUGGUCAUGACCCUCCAUUAUGCUAAGCCCACUGAUCGAACCCUCGGGAGGAGGUAACGCCUUGAUGAUCUCCCUCCCGGAGAAACACAGGAGCAAACCCACGUCUUUCUCGCCGUGAACCACGACUUCGCCUUUGCCGCGAUUCUGGAUUUGCUGUCGCGUUCUUUGGAUGGAUCCGAACAUUACGAAGGCUUCCCGUCUUUGACGAUCUCAAGGAGCGACCGGAACUCUGAAAGAAUAGGGCUUGACGACGACGUCUGAAGAAGAAGACGAUGUUGGAGCUGUCUUGAGAUGAAACUGGUUUCAUUCUCGCUCUAGCGCCCCUUCGUGAUGUUCGGAGACGGCAAGCCCCGAGUAUUGGGCUCGUUUGUGGGCCUUUAGUGACAUCAACCGCCGGGCUUCAUGAAAAGCUUCCUUCUUUACCGAGAUGAUUUGUGGUCAACUCGAUCUAAGGUUGAAGAAGCUUUGAACUUUGACCUCACCAAAGCCGUGUAUUGGUGAAGAAACAACACGAGAUUGUUUUUUUUUUUUAAACUCUAGAUCUAGGGUUUUCCCAAGUUCGAUAUCAUUUCAAGAUAGUUCUCCUUGCCCCCUCCUUCUAGCGCCAAUUGUUUGAUCCAAAAAUGGUGUUUAUCUUUGUGAUGUUUGUUGGAAUCAAUCAAAUAAAGAAUCUAAAGAUAAAAGCUUAGAUUCUUGAGGUU